AGAGGAGUUCCGAAUGAUCGCACUUUGAUCAUCUUUUCUUUUGGAUGGGAUGACAGCAGAACCGAGCCAUGAGUCGCGACUCAGGGGAACGAGAACCACUUCUGGGGAACCAGCCCAGGAAACGAGCAGGUUCAAACUACACUGGGGAAGAAGGAGGCCUGAGCUCCAGCGCACUACCUCCAUCGCACGAGAGAGAGACGGGAGAAGAAGAGAGCAUAAUGGGAUUUACUGUGGUGGUCAAGAGAGCGGCCAAGAAGCAGAUCAAUGCCUGCUGUAGCAAGGAGAAUCUGAAAACUAAACUUCCAAUUACUAAAUGGCUUCCAAAUUACAGUCUGCAAGCCUUACAGUGUGACCUGAUUGCUGGAUUGACUGUGGGACUGACAGUGAUUCCUCAGGGACUGGCUUAUGCUAAAAUUGCUGAUUUACCACCUCAGUAUGGCUUGUAUUCGGCUUUCAUGGGAUGCUUUGUGUACUGUUUUCUUGGAACGGCCAAGGACAUCACACUAGGACCGACAGCCAUCAUGUCUCUCAUGACCGCCACCUUCGCCACUUCCCCGAUUGAGGAGGACGCCACAUACGCCAUUGUUCUCUGUCUCAUCACUGGUUGUGUACAACUCUUAUUAGGCCUUCUUAACUUAGGUAUAUUAGUGAACUUCAUCUCUUACCCCGUAAUCAAUGCAUUUACGUCGGCAGCUGCCAUCACUAUCGGUUUUGGCCAAGUGAAGGGGAUUUUAGGUUUAACUCAUAUUCCAAGAGAUUUCCCAGAAAUGGUGUAUGAAACUUGCAAAAAGAUUCCAGAGACCAAGAUAUGGGAUUUAGUCAUGGGAUUGGUAUGCCUAGCCCUGCUCUACGUGCUCAAGAAACUUCGAACUAUCAACUGGAACGAUGACCUGGAUGGGCCAGGACCCAAUCGCUGUGUGAGGUUCUGUCGGUACCUUAUAUGGCUGAUUGGCACAGCUUCCAAUGCCAUUGUUGUAAUCUCGGCCUCCGGUGUGGCAGCCAUUUUGAUUAGUCAGGGCAAAAACAACACACUGUCCAUCACUGGACAUCUGAAGCCUGGGCUGCCAGAUUUCAAGCCUCCAGAUUUCUCCUACACCAAAGACAACAUCACAAUAACAGCUUCAACCAUAUUCUCAGAUAUUGGUGCAGGUUUUGGAAUUGUACCUUUACUUGGGCUCGUAGAGCUCAUAGCCAUAGGGAAGGCAUUCGCUCGACAGAAUCACUACAAAAUAUACCCAAGUCAAGAGCUCAUUGCUAUAGGUUUUGCCAAUAUCAUCAGCUGUUUUGUUGGGUCUUACCCAGUGACCGGGAGCUUCUCAAGAACUGCUGUAAACUCUCAGAGUGGGGUGAAAACUCCAGCAUCAGGCAUAUUCACAGGUGUUCUGAUUGUGCUGGCCCUGUUCACACUCACGCCUUUGUUUUACUACAUUCCUAAAUCAGCUCUGUCUGCUGUGAUUAUCUUUUCUGUGAUACAAAUGGUGGAUGUGAUGGUUGUGAAGAAACUCUGGAAAACCAACAAAAUAGACUUAAUUCCUUUAUUUAUAACCUUCCUCUCCUGUCUCGGAGUUGGAAUGGAGUAUGGUAUAUUGAUUGGUAUAGGUGUCUCUAUGAUCAUUCUUUUGUAUCCAUCUGCAAGGCCAAAAAUAAAGGUAGAACCUGGUGGUGUAAAGGUUGUGAAAUUAGACCAAGGAUUGCUAUUUCCUGCUGUCGAGUAUUUACAGGAGUGUGUCUUAGAGGCAAAUGAAGCAGAUGGCAAGAAUAAUUCCGUUGUGUUGGACUGUAGUCAUGUGUCUGCAUUGGAUUAUACUGCAAUCCAGGGCAUAACUGAGUUAAUAGUGGAUUUCAAGAGCAGAGAGGCCAAGCUCGUGUUUGCAGGUUUUCCAAAAAAUGUACUGAAACAUUUACAAGUAGCAGACAUACCAGAGUUGACAGUUAGUUCAACAGUCCAGGAGGGCUGCAAGCUUUUACAGGAAGAACUUACCCCCGAGUUUCCAGGAGUUCAACACAUAAAAGUCGAAUACAACUCACGUUUGUGAUGACAAUUAAGUUGUCAAAAUGCAACUUCUUUAUGUGAUAAGUUGAAUUCAAUUCCCCAGAUGUUGUUAAAAAAAAAAAAUUGAAUUCAACCCCCUGCUGUGAUAAGUUUAUAUAUAGGUGCCUUGCUAUAUAAUAUACUGUAGACAGCAUGAGUUUUAAGAUGUUGGUACAAUUACCUAUUGUAAAAUGGCAAAUCAUCAUUUUAUAGUUAGUAUGUAUAUAUCUACUUGAACGUGUACUUAUAUCAUUGGACUCUAUGUUUUUGGCUCAUUUACAAUCACUCAGAGAGCAGUUUUAAACUAUGCAGUUUAGCUACAUGUACAUGUAUUGUGACUGAGCAGAGCUCAUUUAAUACCACAUUCAGUACUUAUAUCAUGAUCAUGAUAUACUAUCAUUUGUUUUGAUAAUGGUGCCAAAAACUGUAAUGCACAAUUAAAUCAUGUCGAAACAGAAUGAUAUUGUAAAUUUAGUUUUCUUUUUAUAUUAAAAUUGAUGUUCAGCUUUGUUGUUUUUUUUUUUGUUCAUUUUACGUGUAUCAAAUUUUUUGUGCAUUGUUUCAUUAAGCUAUAAUUUUAGUAUACCGGUACAUGUACAUGUAUAAUUACAGUGCUAAAAUUGUUGUAUGUGUAUCAAGUUGUUUGUGCAUUGUUUCAUAAAACCAUAAUUUUUAAUAUACAUGUAUAAUUAUUAUUGAGCAAAGUGUAUAUUGGUUAAAGAUUGUAUCAUUAUUGCGAUGAAAAGAUAAUGAUGAAAGUUAAAAUCCAAAUUAUUGAAGUUUCCAUUGUUAGCACCAAAUUGAGGAUGUUUGCAUCAAGCUUGGGGGAAGUACGGUAACUCAUGCCUUUAUUGUUAUUGUCUGGAGCAACUACAUUGUAUGCCCAUGUAAAAACAAAAAACAAGAGGAAUAUUGUGUAUAUAGAUCGAGUACUAAAUGCGGCUACAUUCCACAUUUAUUAUUAUAAUAGUUAUCUUCCCUUCAGAGUAAAUUUAUAACCUCAUUAUAUUCUAUAAUUUAAUGUCUGUUUGUGUUGGAACAGUUUUUUCUAAAUUUAAGCUUAUCAUAAAUAUGCCCUUUCAAACAAGAUUUACAAUUUUUUUUUAAAAUUCAACCAGCACAUUCUUUCCUGUACCUCAUUUACUUUUACAUUGUAAUUAAUGCAAUCUCCUUUGAUUUAAAUUGUGCAAUAGAUAUAUGUGUACCUAAUUUGUUUAUAUUUCAUUAUUUUUUAUAAUCAUGAUGUUAUAUUUUUUUAAGUAUAUGCCCCCUGAGUGCCCUUCAUUGGUGAACAACUGUA